AUGCCUUCCGCCAACGGUUCCGUUGCGCCCACACCGCGUUCACCUCCAAUCGUCUCGUCCCCAACCUUCGCCGACGCGUCAAAUUUCUCAUCCAAUCAUAAAGGCAAAGGAAAGGCCCCCAUGACCAACGACACGAGCAAUGGCACUAGCAACGGCAACACCAUUUGCCACAGCAAAGUCUACACUGCAAGCCACGACAACAGCAAUGACACCAGCAAUGACAACAGCAAUGAAAACAGCAAUGGUAACAGCAGCGGCAGUAGCAGCGGCAGUAGCAGCGGCAGUAGCAACGGCAACAGCAACGGCAACAGCAAUGACUACACUCCAAGCUACGGUAUCGGAAACUUGACGGAAUACCUCAUCGACGUCAAGACGCUCACCAAGCUCUGCGACCUCGGCGUAUCAGAAGCCGCUCAGCUCGGAGCCUUUCUCACCGAGCGCUACAAAUCCCUGAACGAAAAGCAAAUCCGCCGCAUGGCAGCCGCCACAAAGAUCAUUGACGAAGUCGAGACUAUGAAAAAGGGACACAACGUUUUUGACGACAACGUCGUCAACCACUACGACCGCUUCGUCCGUGAACUGGAGGCAGCUGAGACCGCCAUGUACGACGGUAUCAAGGUAGCCAUGUACACAGAUGCCGCAAAGAGCGCAAAGCUGGCCCGAGAGAACUCCGAGCUUGCCAGGAAUCUGCACAAAAAGAUCGAGGGGUUGGAGGUUGAGUACAAGGCUAAGAGAGACGAGAUUGUGGCUGCGAGGGAUGAGAUGAUUGAUAUCUUGUACGGUGCUGUUAUGCGGUGCAUCCUGGUGGGUUCUGGUGCUGGCGUGGGUGAGAAUGAUAAGGGGAAGUUGUUGAGUUUGUUCAAGCGCUGA